AGCAGCGGCGGCGCGCCGACGAAGCAGCAUCGACGUCGCGUUGCCUCCACCGCUGGCGUCCUCCCCUUCGGUCGGCAAGUGGAGCCUGCCCAGGGGCCGAGCCUUCGGCGGCGAGCUAGCGUUCAUUCGCCUGAGGGCGCAUUCGUCAACGGAACCCGUCCACAGGCGGGACAUGGUCGAUUUGGAGGAAUCUGAACCGCAGGCGAAACGCAGACGGCAGGACAGUGAUUCGGACCUCGCCGUCGGAGGCCAGCAUGCUCUGCAAGAGUCGAGCCAGGACAGCCAGAGCAGCCCCGCCGAGAACGGCUCGAGCGCUGGCUCGGACAACUCGGGCCCGGACUCGCCUGUGGGCGCCGACGACGCUCUAGGGGGAGUGGUGAAUGGUCUCGGCUCCCUUCCCCAGCAGCCGCCUCCACCGCCCAGUCAGCAGCAAGCUCAGGCUCAGCAGCCGACCGAGCCAUACCCGACCACUGCCUGGAAUCUCUGCAGCGCCCCGAACCAGGACGCCCUUGGAAAACUGCACCAGGGGUCUGCGGAAUACGCGGACUCGGCGUUGGGUCCCGUGGCCGCACCGUACGCCACCGACGGCUCCCUGGGCGAGAGGCUGCACUGCGGAGCCGGGCGACUGGGAGCCGUGUCUCCUACGGACGCCGACCCGCUGCCUUCCAAGAACAGCCCAGCCGCGGCUUCGGCCCUGGAUUGCGCCGCUUACGCGCCGUAUUACACCAGCAUGCAGGCGUACAGCCAGCUGAACAGUGGUUCCUACUCGAUGCCGGCGUCGAGUCUAUACGGCACCCAGUCUGCACAGGCCUACAGCUCUGACGUCCUCUCCUCAUACGGCUCCCGACAAGGCUCGUCGGCGAACGCAUCGGCCGGCCAAGGAAAGUCGAACCUGGCCCAGUCUUACCUGUACGGCGCUGGCGGGUUCGCCACCUCCAACGGCACCCAGAGUCCUGCGGCACAGGCGGCCCAAGGACAUUACGCCUACGGUUCGAGCUACGCGGGCGGCGCGUUUGGCGGCUCUGCUCAGGCGGGCGGCGGCGCGAGCGCUGCACAGACGGCGCUCGACUACUCGGCCGGCUACGGCGGCUACGGAGCGCAGGGCUACCCGUACUACGCCCAGGGCUACGGCUACGUCCAGGCAGCUGCGGCCGCGGCGGCAGCGUGCGCCUCUCCGCUGGCGCCCUCUACCUACCAGCUGGCCCAGUUGCCGCCGUCGCAGCAGCAGCAUGUGGACGGCUCGUACGGCGCCGACGGCAGCCCCUCCCCUCCCGCAAAGUGCGACCCCGUCACUGGAGGAGCCAAGAAAGGUCGCAGCGGCCGGGGCCGCGGUCGGCGGCAGGCGAACCCGUCUCCAGACCCCGAGAACAGCCUGGAGCGGGUGUUCAUCUGGGACCUCGACGAGACCAUCAUCAUUUUCCACUCCCUACUCACGGGUACCUUCGCCGGGCGAUACGGAAAGGAUACCCCAUCCUCAGUGCAAUAUGGACUCGGAAUGGAAGAGAUGAUCUUCAACCUGGCAGAUUCUCAUUUCUUCUUCAACGACCUCGAGGACUGUGACCAGGCGCAUAUCGACGAUGUGGCGUCGGACGACAAUGGCCAGGACCUUAGCAACUACAACUUCGCGGCCGACGGCUUCCAAGCCGGCACCGGCGUCGGGACGUCGGGUGGCGCCGGCGGGCUGUGCCUCUCGUCCGGGGGCAUGCGCGGCGGAGUGGACUGGAUGCGCAAGCUGGCCUUCCGCUACCGGCGCAUCAAGGACAUCUACAACCAGUACCGCUCCAACGUGGCUGGCCUGCUGGGACCCAAGCGCGACCAAUGGCUCCAGCUGCGAGGAGAGAUCGAGGCCCACACCGACAGCUGGCUCACGCUCGCCAUGAAAUGCCUCUCCGUCAUACACUCCAGGUCGACGUGCGCCAACGUGCUGGUGACGACGACGCAGCUGGUGCCCGCGCUGGCUAAGGUGUUGCUGUACGGCCUGGGCGGCGUGUUCCCCAUCGAGAGCGUCUACAGCGCCACCAAGAUCGGCAAGGAGUCGUGCUUCGAGCGCAUCGUGGCCCGCUUCGGCAAGAAGUGCACCUACGUGGUCGUCGGAGACGGAAAGGACGAAGAGGCGGCCGCCAAACAGAUGGGCUUUCCCUUCUGGCGCGUGAGCAGCCACUCGGACCUGGCUGCGCUCCAUCAUGCUCUCGACCUGGGCCAUCUGUGAACGGCGGGGGCCGCUCCGGAUAAAACCACAAAAGGAAGCACGGGAGGGGGACCACCACGACCACCACAUUCCGAAGCGGGACGUCCCGCGCUGAGAAAGAGGAGACACGGACCGAAGGCGCCCCGCUUCCCACACGAUGGACUGCCCAUAUAUAGUGCUGGCCGCCGACACCUUUGGCUUCACAAGUACACAACGUGCCAGAGUGUGUCGCACGGUCGCGAACUGUUCCAAGUAGUUCUUUCGGAUGUCCUAUUGAUAAGAAAGAAGGCAUAGACAAGCAGCCGUGCGAGAUGUGAGCGUCCGGCGGUGCUUGUCUGCUCGCACUUUCCCUUAACCUGAAGCAACCGCCCUAGUCUCUAUAAUAGUGCACGGGUAUGGUGCCUGUAGUGUGUGCAAAGAAGGGCUGCUUCGCCCGCCGAGGUGUUGUGUGUGAGCGAUGGGGGGAUGCUGUGCGUGUGGGGUGACUGGAUCACCAGUGACGCGAGGUGACCUGACAAAGAGCCCCGACCGCAUGCAUCCGCGUGUGCAGAAGACAGGUGCCAAAAAACUAUACGUCCGCAUUGUGACCCUCCUUGGCGCUGUUCCCUGUGUCAGCUCCGCUGUAUCACGAUGAGUUCGUGCCGUUGGUAUACGUUAGGCUUCGUUGAUGCGUUUCCAAGGAGACGCUGCAAGGGCUGCUCAUUAAAUCCUUUCUAUAAGGACACAGCGCUGGUAACUUCUAUGAGGGAGCAAAUUUUAUAAUUCCCUAAUACCUCGAGGGCUCUCGUAUUCUGCGUUGGAAGUACUAUUACUCUGUCUGCAUCAGAUAAGAGUGAACAUGAGUCAAUGGAGGUUAGAAAAUUUUCGAAUAUGGAAUGAAAUAUAAAAAAAGUCACGCCGCUAACAGAGUCAUCUGUACUCCAAUGCACUGUCCGUAGUAUAAAAAAUUAACUUCUGGCCUUCAGAACUUAAGAAAAUUUAUAGUAAGAUAACGAAAUCGCACUAGAACAGGCGCCAAAUGGCUUCUGCUCGUCUCUCAAAUCUCAGCUGGCAUUUGAUUAUAGUCCUAUGAACCACAAUCGUUUUAGAUAUAUUAUAUUAGUGCUUACGCACUCGUUACGUCAUUUGCGGCUUCUUCGGCGUCGAUAUGAAGCAAGGUUUCAUCUACUUCUGUUAAAAUUACGUUCGAUAGGCUUUUCCGACAUGCGUUUGUUGUAUUUACCGUAUAAUUUCGACACUCAGCCCUUACACUUCUUCUUAGAACUGCAGACAGUGGAGCGUAUGGCCCUUGUACAGUCGCGAUCAUUAUGUGAGAGAACGUACGAUAAUCAAUCCAGGAAAAGCUUAUUGUUGGUUGUUAUUAUUUCAAUCUAUUUGAUUUCGUGUCUUAUCGUUGUAUUGCGGAUAACAUCCUUUAUGUUUGAAUUCUUUCUUUUUCUCUGUGUGUAUAUGUGCAUGUCGACACGAAUGGAUGGGCUCUUUCGCUUAUAUUAUGUUCCUUUUAAAGCCACGAAAUUGCAGCCGCCGAGGAACGUCUGGGUUUCCUUUAGUCGUCAUAUGGAAGUUUUGAAAGAAGCCGUCUGGCUGACCAUUGAUUGUGGAACCAGAAGGAUACCAUUGGCCAUUAUCAAGGGUGCUGAGGACCAUAGUUGGCAUUUCCUGACGUGCCCUGCUUCGUUGACACAAAGUUGGCAGCCAGAUUGAGAAUGAAUGUUUAUUUGCAGAGAAAUCAAGCGGGGUAGGAUUGAGGCCGAUUAUCCUGAUUCGACUUAACUUGGGAAAAGCGCUUCCCUAAACAAAACGUGAAAAGAAAGCAGAGCUUUUGCACAGCUGCACAAGACGUGCUAGCAUUUAGCUUCGGCUCUAAGAUAUGUCUUUUUUAAUGUGUCAUUACGGCAUAAAUUUGCGGUAGUAGGGUGCCAAGUCAGGAAACAGUCAUCGUUGAACUAUCACGGCGCAACGAAAUGAAAACACCGCGAAAAGGAAUCCUGGUAGAUGCAGUAGUGGGAUUUAUUCACGGACGUUUAGUUUCAGUGCUAGAAUGCACUCAGCGCCUGAUUUACCCAAGUUUACACAAAACAGUUAGAAGCAGCCCAGCUUAUUUUCCUAUUCCUAUUCCUGUUUGGUUUUCAUUCCGGCGUUGCAGUACACAGCAAAAUGACGCUGCGUUUUGAGCCUGUAUAGCGCGAGAGGCAAUACGGGGAUGAAAACGAGACGGGACAAAAGCGCCCUUCCAACAAGCCAUGUCGGUCAUGUUGCAAAGUUACGUUUUGAGCUGUGAACACGUGAAGCUGCGGCGAAUGUGCGUUUUGCACACUUGUACAAACUGAACCAUGAACACACGACAAGGAAGCCGUUGAAUGACCCGACUCAUAUACUUGUGUUAGCCUUGUGUUCAUGUGGAAUUAUUAAAAGGCGCCGUACUGGCUACUCUAAUUCUGCAUGCAGGCGAAAUAACGUGGGAACAAGUGGAAAAAUCCGUUUUUCGGAUCGCAGUUGAAGUUUGCGUGCACGUAGUACUUAAAUUCAUCUCCUACCUGAUAGUUUUCUUUCUCAGUACUGAAUGCUUUGUUUGCCUUGUCUUUACUAAGGCCAGUGACACCUGUGUGUAGUUGUAUAGGAUGUUAUCGGCAAUGGUACCGUGAUAGAGCUUAAACAUUUCAGAACUUUUUAGAUUUGAGCUCAGGUGUGUCUACAACAACAACAAAAAAAAAUAGCGAAGCCUUGGGUAAUCUGUAGCAAGUAAACGUCAAAGGCAUCCGUACUACCUUACAUAAACUACGAAAAUACGUUGCCACAUCACUUGGAAACAAAGAAGGUAAAUCCUGGCGACUGCGCCCGAUAUUUUGACGCUUAUAAAAAAAUCUUUAUUUCUUGCAGACUUUCAAGAUUCAGUUCGAAAGAGCAGAGAACGUUGAAUCCUGCGAGCUAUAAAUACGCGUAAAUUAUAAAUGUAUCAUGAUUUUUCUGGAGUGCCGAAUGUCUCGUUCGCUACUAUGGUGGUCGCCACUGUGUGAAUCAACCUCAAAGCCGGUGCCCCGUUGGUGCAUGCAGCGGCACAAGCCACCACCGGUCUACGAAGCGAUUGCUUUUUCCGAACAGCUCGAAGCCAAAGAUGUGCUCGUCAGAGGAGACGAGUGAAGAAAAUAUGGAUCAAGUGACCGUAGCUUUUAUGUGCUGCUGUCCUGGUAACCAAGAACCAAUAAAAUUGAGACCUUUC